AAUUCUGACCUGUAAGCUGUACCCACCCAAAAAAAUAAAUCUAUCCAGAUCGUUGGAGCUCAGUUUCAAUGAUUCGAUAACAUCAAUCGCUAAUAUUCAAUAUGCUGUGGCCUAGUUGAUUCAGACUCAAUUACGUAAGAAAAAGAAGCAAACAAAAUUCCGGAACCCCUUCAAUUAAAUAAUAAACUAUGAAAAGGGAUCUUCCAAGAAUUUUGUAUCUGCCUCUUGGCCACAGCAGAUGGCCAAGGGUUUUUUUUUAAUUGGCUCUUGCAAGCAAUGGGUUAUCAUUAGAAGACUAGAAAUAUUGGUCCUUAUGAAUCAGUAGCUCAACCCACAACUCAGAAUUAAGAUUUGCAAGCAUGGAGGAAGAACAAAUUGACAAUCCAUCGAGGGAAAGGCUUCUACCUAUACAAGAAGAUAGGUCAGCUUCUUCUGUAUCUAUAUCUCUGCCUGCAAGGUUGAAACAGAAUUUGGGAUGCAAAAGAAUAUGGUCUGAGGUGAGUGGAUCACUUGGCGACCUGGGCACAUUUGUACCAAUAGUAAUUGCACUCACUCUUGUCAAUGGCCUUGAUCUGGGCACCACUCUAAUCUUUACAGGAAUCUACAAUAUAAUCACAGGGCUAAUAUGGGGAAUCCCAAUGCCAGUUCAGCCUAUGAAAUCCAUUGCUGCGGUGGCCAUAAGCGAGGGUGAUCAUCUCACUAUUCCACAGAUUAUGGCAGCAGGCAUCUGCACCGCUGGAAUACUCUUUGUACUGGGUGUUACAGGUUUAAUGGGAGUUAUUUACCGUUUACUUCCUCUGCCUGUCGUUAGAGGUGUGCAGUUAUCACAGGGGCUGUCCUUUACCUUCACCGCAGUUAAGUAUAUUAGGAAGAAUCAGAAUUUUGCUACUGGUAAGUCAGAGGGAGACAGAGCUUGGGAUGGGUGGGAUGGGCUUAUCUUGGCACUUGUCAGUUUCUGUUUCAUUGUCAUGGUGACAGGUUCUGGUAAUGAGAGGCAAGAAAAUCCGGUUGGGGACGAGGAUAGGGAUUCUGAUAGAGACCGAAGAAAACCCAAUAGAUAUCUGAGAGUGGUAAGUGGUAUUCCCUCUGCUCUGAUUGUUUUCUUGGUUGGGAUCGUUAUUGCUAUUUGGAGACAGCCUGAUAUUCUAAAACAGUUGACUCUAGGUCCAUCAAAACCCCAAAUAGUUAGCAUUUCUAGAAAUGACUGGAAAGUAGGGUUCCUCAGGGCAGCAGUACCUCAGAUACCUUUGUCCGUACUGAAUUCUGUUAUAGCAGUCUGUAAAUUGUCUCAUGAUCUGUUUCCACUGAAGGAGGUGACUGCAACUUCUGUUUCUGCUAGUGUGGGAUUGAUGAACUUGGUGGGGUGUUGGUUUGGGGCAAUGCCUGUAUGCCAUGGUGCAGGAGGGCUUGCUGGCCAGUAUCGAUUUGGGGCAAGAAGUGGGGCCUCUGUGGUGUUUCUCGGCACUUCUAAGAUGGUUUUGGGUCUGUUACUUGGCAGCUCCCUUGUAAAAGUCCUCACUCAAUUCCCAAUUGGUUUAUUGGGUGUGUUACUGCUCUUUUCGGGAAUAGAAUUGGCCAUGGCUUGUCGUGACAUGAAUUCCAAGCAGGAUUCUUUUGUGAUGCUCAUGUGCACGGCUGUUUCGCUGACUGGAUCCAGUGCAGCUCUUGGCUUUGGAUGUGGGAUUCUCCUAUAUAUUCUGCUAAAGCUCAGGCAGUUCAAUUAUGAUGAUGGCAUUGACCUUUUCCAAUCCAGCAGAAGAAAACCCUCAGAAACAAUGGCCUAGUCACUCAAAAGCAAUAGCUUAGUGCAACGUUUUUAUCACUUUCAUCAAUGUCUAUAUGUGUUUAUCGUAGGCAUAGUAAUACUUUAGAAGAUCCACUGAAAGCCAAAGUCACCAAGAGACGGGGUAUUAUGAACAGGGCUAGCAUAUAUAAUGAAUAAUGAUAUUUUGUAGUUGCAAUACACAUAUGGUAACAUUUCUUUGAAAUAUUUUGUAUAUUUGAAGGUUCCUGGAAAUCGGAAAACAGCACAUGAUGGUAUUUCUUAACACUAAAUAGGAAAAGCUGAAUCUUUUCAAACA